AUGUCGGCGAAAGAGGCUACUCAUGAAGAGGCCACUCCCAAGACGGUGACCACUUCGCUCCUGGAAGGCUUCGCAAACGUGGACACGCGGGACUUAAUCCAGCAGAACGUCUACGUCAUCCUGGGACACGGGCGCUACCAGCGGAUCAUCCUGGUCAGCACCUUCGUCGCUGCCACUGUGGUGCUGCUGCAGUCGUUCGCCUAUUACCUCAUCGGCCGUCCCGUAGACCAUUGGUGCCAGCCGCCCGACGACCUGCGUCACCUCGUUGUCCAGGGCUGGAAGAACGUCGCAAUACCCGUGCUGGCCGACGGCAGCUUCAGCAAGUGCACCGUAUACGAGCCCCCUCUACCGGGAGAAGACCAGGACGAGCGUAGCGUAGUACCGUGCAAUCGGUGGGACUACGACACCGAGAAAGACGGCGAAAGCAUCGUCAGCAUGUGGAACUUGGUGUGCACUCGCGACUGGCUCUACUCCGUUUCGAAAUCCACGUUCGGACUGGCCCCCAUGCUAUUCGUUCCCAUCGCCGGAAUCGCAGCAGACCGCGUGGGUCGCAGACCAGUAUUGUCGACGUGCGCCAUCUCCACAUUGCUCGGCAGCCUGGUGGCCGCGGCGUCUCCCUCUGCGGGAAUAUUCAUCCUGUCGCGCCUUGUCACUGCUGCCAUGGCAAGCGCAACAAUGCUGAUGGCCUUGACUGUGCUCUACGAAGUGACCGGGAAUGAGCACCGGGCUACGUACUACAUAUUGACAGCCAGCGGCAUCGCCAUGCUUGUGACGUCUCCGCUGGUGCAGCUUCUUUCGACGCUGAAGCCAAGAUUGCCGCGUGGAGGCUACGGGCAGCUGAAUUCACCGUACUCCGAGCAGCCCGGAUGA